AUGUCGGACUCAGACGACGACGAGGACGAUGACGUCAACGCCGCCGGCGCCCAUUCCAUCGUUCGCGCCGUGCAGCGCGUCAACGCGAGCCAGGCGCCUGGCAGCCAGGGCGCCGCGGGCUCGGGCGACGGCGUCGCGUCGGGGGUGCUGCGGCUAGAGCUGCGUGACUACAUGGAAGACGAGGAGCUGGUGGCUGGGUUCAUGGGGGACGGCGACUGGCAGCUCUACCCCUGGCAGGCCGAGUGCCUGAGCCUCGAAGGCGUCCUGGCGGGCCGCAACCUGGUGUACUCAGCGCCCACCAGCGGCGGCAAGAGCCUCGUGGCCGAGGCGCUGGCCGUGCGGCGGCUGCUGCAGACCGGGCGCACGGCGCUGGUGGUGCUGCCAUACCGCGCGCUGUGCGAGCAGAAGGUGGCCCACUUUGACCGCGUGCUGGGCGGGAGGUGGCCGGUCAAGGAGCUGUACGGUCAGCACGGCGGCCUGGACAUUCAGGGCGUAGGCGUCGUGGUGUGCACCAUUGAGAAGGCGCACGCCCUGGUGCAGCGCAUGCUGGAGGACGACAGCCUCCACAACCUGGGCUGCGUCGUGGUGGACGAGCUGCACAUGGUCGGGGACGAGCACCGCGGCAACCUGCUGGAGUGCAUGCUGACCAAGAUCCGCUUCAAGACGGCCAAGGUCCAGGAGGAGCGCGCCACGGCCGCGGCCGCAGCCACCGCCAGUCAGCAGGGCACCGCCGGCGCGAGCGGCGCCGGCGCAGCGCGCAGCCCGGGGUCGAGCGGCGGGCCGGGGCUGUCGUCCCCGAUGCUGUCGUCGCAGGCUGUGGCGGGGUCGAGGAGCGAAUACGAGCAGCAGGUCCAGAUCAUCGGCAUGAGCGCCACCCUCCCAAACGUGGGUGUUGUGGCGCGCUGGCUUGACGCGGCCCUCUACGAGACCGACUACCGCCCGGUGCCCCUCGCACACUACGUGGCGGUCGGGCGUGAGCUGUUUGGCGAGGACGGCGCGGUGGCGCGCACGCUGGACGCGCCGCCCACCUGGCCGGACAUGGACGCGCGCGACCACGAGAAGCGGGCCGGCGCGGUGGCGGCAUGGCUGUGCCAUGAGACGGUGCAGGGCGGCCACUCCGUCCUGAUGUUCUGCAACAGCAAGAACGGCUGCCAGAACGAGGCCAGGCUGCUGGCAGAGCGCCUGGACGUCCCCGAGCGCCCGGGGCCCCUGUGCGAAGAGGCGGCGCGCGACGGCGCGGCGAGCAACCGGGAGUGGGCGGUGGCGGAGCUUCGGGGCCUCAGUCACGUCAACAAGAGCGCCCAGGACCUGCUGCUGCAGGUGGUGCCCAAGGGGGUGGCGUUCCACCACGCGGACCUGACCUCAGAGCAGCGCUCCCUGGUGGAGAGGGCCUUCGCGUGCGGUGCCGUGUCCAUCCUGGCGGCCACCUCCACCCUGGCCGCCGGCGUGAACCUGCCCGUGAGGCGCGUGGUGUUCCGCCAGAACUACAUCGGCACCAAGGACUGCCCCCUGGACGCCACGCGGUACCGACAGAUGGCCGGCCGUGCGGGGCGUGCGGGCAUCGAUUCUCAGGGCGAGGCCAUCCUGCUGGGCAACCUGACCAACAACCUGGCGCUCAUUCGGGAGCCGCCCGCCCCCAUCCACAGCUGCCUGCGCGAGCCAGACCGCGACCAUCCAGGCCGCCUGGGCAUGCGGCGCAUCAUCCUCGAGGCGGUGGCGGUCAACGCGGUCAGCACCACCGCCGAUGUGGAGCGCUUUGUCAAGUGCACCCUGCUCAACGCGUCCAGCCCCGACUUUGACACUGUUGUGAAGAGCACCCAGGCGGCGCUGCAGCAGCUGUUCCACCACCGCUUCAUCACGUGGCGCAAGCCAGACAACGUGUGGGAGGUCCUGCCGCUCGGCCGCGCGAGCGCCGGCACGGGCAGCGUGCUGGGCCCCGACCAGGCGCUGGCCCUCAAGGCGGAGCUGGACCGCGCGCGCGAGGGCCUGAACCUGGAGUGCGACCUGCACCUGCUGUACCUGGUGACGCCGCUGCCGGGGCCGGGCGACAAGCUGACAAACGAGCAGUGGAAGACGUGA